AUGAGAGUUCCUUACAUCCCCAACCCUCCACCAACCUCUUCCCCCGAAGAGGAGGCCAUUGUCGCCGCCAUUGCGGCCCGUCGUCACCCUCGUCCUAUCCAGCCACUGGACUUGGCACUGCUGCAUUCCCCUCAUGUUGCCGCCGGCUGGAACACGUUUGUAGGGGCCAUCCGGACAAAGACUUUGCUAGCUGAUGACCUGCGUGAGCUCGCCAUCUGUCGCAUCGCCGUUGUCAAUAGAGCUUGGUAUGAGUGGAUGCACCAUGCCCCGCUAGCUGUCAACAGCGGUGUCACUUCAGAGUCGAUGAAUGAGAUCCUGAAGGAGGCGAGCUUGCUUCGCAGUGAAAGGCCACAUGGCUUUACUGAGAAGCAAUGGGCUGUUUGUGUUGUGGCGGACGAGAUGACGAGGAAUGUGCAAGUUGCUGAUGAGACCUUUGCCUGGCUCAAGUCUUUUGCCAGUCAUCAAGAAGUGGUAGAAGUUGUGGCGACGGUUGCAUGUUACAACUGUGUGAGCCGCUUUCUUGUGGCUUUGGAUGUCGGCGAAAGAAACAAUACUCUUCCAACACCGUUAUAG